AUCAUAAAAGAUGUGAGAGGGAAUGAUGAGGGGAGCACAAAGACAGAAGGGAAGCGAAAGGACAGGGAAGGAGGAGAUCUGCCUAAACUCCGCCUCCGGUCUCGGAUCCUCUCGCAUUCCUUCUUCACAGCCCCUCACGCUGGAGAUAGAGAAAGAAAGGGAAGGAGAAACAAGAAGGCCACGAAGAAAAAGAGGGGGAGCAGUGAAACGACCAUGGCAAUAUCCAAAACGUCUCAGCGUGAGAUAGAGUCCGAUCCCAGCGCACUUUCACCACCGUCGACCCCGGCUCGGAGCAUGCAGUCGCACAAUAGACAGAGUCCUGAUGAAUGAGGAGCUUUACCUGGGCCGUGGACAAAAUGAGGGUCAUCUUCAUCCAAAACGCCGGUUUCGUCGCAGCUUUCUCGCCUUUCUCGUGAUGUUGGCAGUGUUUGGGACGACAGAUGAUGUGAACGAGCCAGAGCUAACCACAGCCAGAUCAUGCGAGUAAAUUGAGGAGUAAGGGGAUCGUAGCAAUUUAUUUAGGCUGUCUUAUUUUAUUUUAUUUUAUUUUAAUGGGAUAGAGAGCUUGCACAUAUUUAUAGCCAGUAUAGCAUCUCUGAAUCGAAAGUGUGCUGAGCUUCCGGCAUGCAGCCUGCUGUCGAAAUCUGAAUAAUACACUAUAUUUUUUUAACUAUAUUGGCACUAGAAUGAAUUUUUAACCAAUGAUAGAGUAUGUACCAGGUUAUUAAGGUCCGAUCCUUUUAGACUUCCGCGCUCAUGUAGUAAUCCUUUAGUAUAUAGCAAUUAUUAAUAUGAAUAGGUAGAAGGAGAGAUCUCUGGCCACUAUGAUCAAAGCCUAUUGAUCAACUGAGACAAUCUGGAAAUGUCAGUUUCCACGUGUGAUAACAUGACUGGCGUCGUUCCUUGUAAUUUAUUUAUUUAUUAUUACUAUUAUUAGGCCUAUAAGUAUUAUAUUAUCGAUUUAUUUUUUAGGUAGGUAGUGAUAUAUUUAACAGUGGGAAGGCUGUUUUAAACCCUUCCUUAUAGUGAGAUGGAAACCGCUUAUUUAUCGUCGCACCGGGGGGGCACCCGUCCCGAGGCCCAGAAGGGCCAACGCUCGGCGGGUGAGCCCUCCGCUGCACCACCACCUUCAACUCCACCUGCCGGCAGCUCACCUGAGGAGACCCCGACGAGUGGUGAUGGACGGAGAAACUCGGGCGUGAAGAAACACCAUCACAAGCACAACCUGAAGCAUCGCUACGAGCUGCUGGAGACGCUGGGAAGAGGCACCUAUGGCAAAGUCAAGAAGGCCAUUGAGCGGCACUCUGGCAGAGAGGUGGCUAUCAAGUCCAUUCGGAAGGAGAAGAUUAAGGAUGAGCAGGACAUGGUACACAUUCGCCGAGAGAUUGAGAUCAUGUCAUCCCUCCGCCACCCCCACAUCAUCUCUAUAUAUGAAGUGUUUGAGAACAAGGACAAGAUCGUGAUUGUGAUGGAGUAUGCCAGCAAGGGCGAGCUGUAUGACUACAUUAGCGAGCGUCGGCGCCUGAGCGAGCGGGAGACGCGACGCUUCUUCAGACAGAUAGUCUCCGCCGUGCACCACUGUCACAAGAAUGGAGUAGUGCACAGGGAUCUGAAACUGGAAAAUGUGCUACUGGAUGAAAACUGUAAUAUUAAGAUUGCUGAUUUUGGGCUGUCCAACCUCUACCAUAAAGACAAGCUGCUGCAAACCUUCUGCGGUAGCCCCCUAUAUGCUUCACCGGAGAUCGUCAAUGGGAGACCAUACCGUGGCCCCGAGGUGGACAGCUGGGCCCUUGGGGUGCUGCUGUAUACCCUGGUCUAUGGAACUAUGCCGUUUGAUGGAGGAGACCACAAGAACCUCAUUCGCCAGAUUAGCAACGGCGAGUACAAAGAGCCCACUCAGUCCUCAGAUGCCCGUGGACUGAUCCGCUGGAUGCUGAUGGUGAAUCCUGAGCGUCGAGCUACAGUGGAGGACAUUGCCAAUCACUGGUGGGUGAACUGGGGCUGGAAGAACAGCGUGUGUGACUGCGAGACCCAACGCGACCACGGAGGCUCGCCCAUGCUGGCCCGUUUCAUCGACUGGCAGAACCGCACUGAGCCACGUGGUUCUGGAGCCAAAGCUGCGGCCAUGCCCCAGCUGCUGCGCCAGAGGCCCAAGAAGUCCAAGAAGGAGAAUGUUGAGGCAGGACAGACGCACAGUGGAGGCGAGGACAAGCCAGGUCUAAAGAGACCCAAAGGCAUCCUGAAGACCAGGGUUACUGAAGAGCACCAAUCUGUAAGUCCUGAAGAGGUGGAGCUGGGUCAGGUAGCGCUGCCUCAGCAAGCUGAAGGUGGAGAGGAGGCGUCCAGCCCAGACCGAGAGGAAGAGGAGCCGACGCUGGGAGGAGUCUCCCCAGCCAAGAUCGUGCCGUCUCUGCCCAAAAAAGGCAUCUUGAAGAACAACCAACAACGGGAAUCAGGGUACUACUCUUCCCCAGAGCGCAGUGAGUCCUCCGAGCUUUUAGGGGGCGCCAGCAUGUCUCUGCUAGCCACCUCCCCACCCAAGAGAGCCAUGGGGAGAAAGGGUAUCUUGAAGCGAAAUGGCAAGUACUCCACCUACAGCGGGCCUCCCUCAUCAGCGACGGUGGCCGGAGUCCUCGGUGAGCCUCCUCCAUCGACCGACUCUGGUUUGUCCCGCAGUCAGAGUCGUCCCUCCAGCAUAGUGGGGGAGGACAGCUCCGUCCUGUCCCUGUCACCCAGCUCCCUCAGCGGGGCCGAGUGGCAUCCUUCCACACCCCACCUCCGCCCAAACAUCAGGGCUUGUGUCUCGGCUGAAAACCUGCUGCAGCUCGCCAACUUUAAAGGCUUCCAGGCAGCCCCGCCAAUCCAGGGACACAAAUUCAGCCGCGGCCCCAAAACAAAAGGCUCCCCAGGGGACAAUGGCAGCUUCUCCUUGUUGGGGGACCUGGAGGACAUGACUCAGGUGUACCAGCAAGCCCUGGACAUCAGCAGCAACCUCAACUAAUAGAUGGGUGGAAGACAGAGAAGAAGAGGGAUUUUAACACGAGUGUGUGUUUGUGUGUGCGUAUGUGUACAGAUGUGUAUGCGUGACACUAACGACCAGUGCGUUACUGGGAUCGGCCUUUCGUAGCUUGUGGCUUUUUCAAAUGGGGUUGAAAUCUCGAUGGAAAAGAUGCGUCGCUACACUCGCACACACGCACUCACACACACGCAGGCACACUUCUCUGGCUAGAAAACAUUUAGUUAAGGUUUUCUGUGCAGGAGAGAGACAGAGCUGGCAUGAGAGAAUGCCACCCAGUCAGCUCUCUUGGCCCGCCCAUAGACUUUGCUGUGUUCAACAUGUUUACAUAUUCAGCAAGAAGGCAAGUUAGAAUCACAAAUGCAGCGAUCAGAAACUGGUUGGCUCUGCUUAGACAUCACCCAUUUCCAUGUAUGAGUUUACAACAGCACCUUAGAACUCAAAACGGAGCAUAUGCUUUUGUGAUCUUUACUUCCUUUAAAAAAAAAGAAAGAAAGAAAUGAAACAAACCAGGGUCUUGU